GUCCUGCAGCCAGUCGGAGACUCCACAACAUUUAGUGUUAGGCCUGAUGUUCAUGUAGACAAACUUCUUCUUCUUCUUCUUCUUCAAUCACACGGACGCUGCCCAUUACCAUGAGUCUGAUCAGUGACGUUUCCACGGAGAAACAUGUGUUCACAUGAAAACAUCUACUCCUGUCGAAGAGAAGCAUCACACUUGUGGAGAUAGAGGAGAAGAAGAAGAAGAUGGAAGAGGUAGAAGAAAGAUGGAUGAAAUAAACUUUACAGUUUAAAAUCGAGUUCCUCAUGUCACAUCCCCAUCCUCCUUGGUAACGCUGCAUUCAUUAGCGCCUGGGGAGGCUGCGUUGUCACGGUAACCCCCAUCUCAAACCCUCCCAUCCUCCUCAGCGUCCUGUAGAGUUCGACUUUCAAGUGUCCUCCUUCUCUUCUGGGUGAGAUAUUCUUUAAAAACAAAUAAAUAAAUAAAAAAAAAAAAUAAACUAAAUAAAUAAAUGAAUAAAAAAACAACAACAAAACAACUUAAAGUCGAGCUACAGUGUUGCACCGAUAGUUUACUGAUAGUUUUCCGUCAGUGAUGAAACAAAUAAAAAUAAAAGAAAAAAAUUCGAAACAAAUUAAACUAAAUGUGGAAAUAGGGAGAAAGUGUUUAGCAGGUAACGCUAAAUAAAGCAACGUUAAAGCUACUUCGGAGAAUUAACAAAUUAACAAAUAAAUAUACAACGAAAUGUGUAGGAUUAACCGGAUCAUUUCAAUUAAAUUACAAAUAAAACUUAACCGGUAUAAUUUAGUUUGUAGAAGCAGGUUUUUAAUAAUUGACCCCUGUUGGUUUCUGAUUGGUCAGCUGACGGCCAAUCAGAAGCGAGAAUCGAGUUCCAACUUCCUGGUUCCGUUGCUCAGCUGCUUCAGUGGCUCUGCUACAGAACCACUGAAAUUUUGAUUAAUGUCAUUUAAUUAGCACUUAAACUCUAAUUAUAAUUCCUCAUAAACGUCAAAAGUGAGUGGGUAGAGCAGAGGAAACGAUGAUAUGAAAACUGAAGGCUGGGGAAAAGACCGCGGAAUUAGCAUGGUUGCUAACGGUAGCGCGAGUAUUUGGAGUCUCCCGACUUUCCACCACAAAUUGGAAGCUGGUGAUAAACGUUCAUUACAGGGAGCAGACAGGAACCGACUGAGCUGAGACUGAGCUGGACCUUUUAUUUCUGUCUGGAGACACCUAGAUUUUUUAGGCCAAGAAUCACCCAGCAACCGAAAACGAAAACAAAUACAAAUACAACCAGAACCACCGAGACACACCGGGAAAAGGGUCCGGGAAGAACCGAGCGGAGCCGGGGAGCAGCUGUGAGGAGUUUCCAUCAGAGGUCAGAGGUCAGCAUGAACCGCCUGGUCUGAGUUUGGUGACUCCUUUCAACCAGAACCAGACGGGUCAGAACCAGUGACACUUGGAUCCACUGCACACCAGGAACCGGGAGAUGUUCCGACCCAGAUAACCAGCGGUCACAGUGUUGAUGCUGAUUGAUGUCUACCUGCAGGUUACCGUAGCGAUGGCGUUGUUUACGAAGCGGCUUGGGGACCGGCACCCACACAGCGACGGUAGCUCAGAGGUUCGACUUCGCUAUUGCAUAGCAACGCCUGCUUUUAUUGUGAAGGAUGAGUCUGACCGGAAGACGCAUUCUCACCACUUCCGGCUUUGAACGGAUGCGUGAUGGCGGCCGGCAGAGGCGAGUUUUUCCAGAGUUUCCUGCGGGGUUUGGAGAGGCUCCCUGCGGCCAUUCAUGACGGGAGAACUCAGCAGGGCCAUGGGAGAGGAAGACCGGACCACCGAGGGCCAGGAGCACCGGUGUGUCCCGGCAGAAAGAAGAACAAGAAGCGGCCAAAAGAAAGGUGGAGCCGCGGUGAGAACAGAUUAUAUUACAGGUUUCCGGAAACAACACCAGAGAAAAAAGAAGAAUAUUUCCCCAAAUCUCCAGUUUCCAAAGAAAACUUACUUGAACGUCUCCCGUCAGAGAUCCUGACCAAGAUCUUCUCGUUCCUGGACGUCUCCUCGUUGCUCUGCGUCGGCCACGUUAGCAAGAUGCUCCACGGCCUCGCUAACGACGACGGAUUGUGGCGUCAGAUCUACGUGUCAGAGUUUGGGAGACGGACGUGGAGGCCGGAGUCAGCGGAAGUCGUGGAGGAGGAGAAGGAGGAAGAAGAGGAGGAGAAGGAGGAGAAGGAGAAGGACGACUGGAAGAAGAAGUAUUUGAGGUACAGGUCUGGACCGGAGCUGAACCGAUGGCGCCGAGAACUCAGAGACUUGAACCCGAUCAAUGGUUUACGCAGACAGACGGAGAGAGUCCUCAGGACCCUGAAUGUGAGCUGGGAGUUGACGCUGAACGAUCGUCUCGGUCGGACGUCGUCGCUGCAGCCGAGUCGUACGUUCUUCUUCGACUCGUCCGUCGCCGUUCGUUGGAGCGUCGGACGCUUCCCAGAAUAUCGACACAUCAGCAGCAUCCAGCUUCACGGGGUCCGGAGGGGGCGGAGCCUCGAGGCCAGGGGGUGGCGUUCUCUGAUUUUAGACCUGGACGUGACGACUCUUCCCUACCGGUGCAUCGGUAAAGACAAAGUGAUGGAGCUGAGGCUUCUGUCUCCAGGCUUCGUCGUCGGCAUCUGGAGGGCUCAGACCAGAGUUGCCUUCGUCAUGGUCUGUCUUCACUUCCACAAGCUGGUGGAGAAGAGUUUGUUGGGGUCUCCAGUCUGUCCGUUCUCCGAACCCUCCGACCCUCGAGCCGUCGACCAGUCGGACCCUGAGUUCGGUCUCCACGGCUUCACGCUGCACUUCACCCUUCACAACACCUGCAGUGAGAUCAUGUCGGGUCACUUCCGCCACCUGUCCUGUCGAGCAGUUCGGAUCCAACAGGGGCUUCUGGAGCUGAAGGUGAUCCACAGGACCAACCUGUCCAAACAUCGCUCGCUGUCCGGGAGCAUCCGGCUGCCCUGGAAGAGCGAGGCGGUGGAGGGCUCCGUGGAGAACUGCUGCAUCAUGACUGUGACUCUGCUGGACGAGGUCCAGGAGCCGCUCUGGUGCGUCAGUUCCCCCGUGAGCGUGGCGCCGGCCUGGAACGCGAAGCCCUUCGACUACGGCGGCGACCACUUCCUGAUGGACUACCGGGAGCCCGGCGGCCAGGUGAAGAUGAAGCUGGUGUGGCUGAGGGAGCAGAGGCAGUUCUUGGUGGUGAGCCUCAGCGUCUACGUGGCCGUCAACAAGGUCGACCAGCACCUCAGCCCCGAGGCCUGACCCCAGGUCCUGCAUCCACUCACAUUUAGUUAAACGUUAAGGAUAUUAAGAGAUUACGAUUGUGUUUUUGAUCAUUUCGAUUCAUCUGAAAGUUUAUUUAUUCACGUUUUUUUCAACAUACAGAAAGUAUGUUGGUUGUUUUUGUUGAAUAAAAAGCAAAACUAAA